AACAAACUCCUAACAGGAGGAGACUCACUCAUGGCCUAUGAGACAGAGCAUCAGGACACUCAAUACUGCUUUCCUAACAUCAACUCAUCAUGUGUCAAAGGAAAACGCUCCAUUCAGGAAUAUAAUAUCAUGUAUGUGUUAUUUUCACUGCUGUCAGCAUGGACUGUGUUUCUGAACCUGCUGGUGAUCAUCUCCAUCUCUCACUUCAAGAAGCUUCACACUCCAACCAACAUGAUUAUUCUCUCUCUGGCUGUAACUGAUCUGCUUAUUGGACUUAUUGUGAUGCCCAUACAGGCCAUCAGACUGAUUGAGACGUGUUGGUAUUUUGGAGACACUUUGUGUGGAAUCAAUUUAAUAAUAAUUGGGGUGAUUUUCUCAGCAUCUUUCAGUAAUUUGGUUUUAAUUGCUGUUGAUCGUUAUGUUGCUGUGUGUCACCCUUUACUGUACCCACAGAAAAUAACCAUGGCCAAAAUGUUAAUGUGUAUCUGUUUGAGCUGGGUUUACUACUCCGCUUAUAAUACUGGCCUUGUAAUUAAUAAUGGAUAUUUUGAUACGUCACACAGAACAGAUGUGUGUUAUGGAGACUGUUCAGUCAUAAUGAGUUUUAGCUGGCUAGUCACUGAUCUGUGCCUGUCUUUUAUUUUUCCCUGUGUCAUUAUGAUCACUUUAUAUCUGAGGAUUUUCUAUGUUGUUCAUCAGCAAGUGAAGGUUAUAAACUCUCUGAUGAAGGGUGGUAAAUGUGUAACAAAGGGUUCAGUGAAGAGGAAAUCUGAGAGUAAAGCUGCUCUGACUUUAGGAAUCAUUGUGUUAGUUUAUCUGCUUUGCUAUAUCCCAUACUAUAUCUGUACACUAUCUGUUAACUCCUCCACAACUAUAACUGUUUUGGAAUGGACUGUUUACACUAACUCAGGUCUGAAUCCUCUGGUUUAUGCUUUAUUUUAUCACUGGUUUAAAAAGACAGUUAAACUCAUCUUAACACUGAAGAUAUUUCACCCGGAGUCCUCUCUGAUCAAUGUUUUUACAGUACAUGAACUGUAAUUUAACUGAUGAAGCUUUGUUUAAUAAUAGUAGAUGUUAUCUGUGAUAAUACAAUUAUUUAAAUGUAAUGACAUAUAAAGAUAAAAUAGCAUUUUUAAGAAAAAACAGCAGAGACAACAUGUUUGCUUUUCUUUCUAACGUCAACAUUUAUUACACUGUGGGUCAUUGGAGAUGUUUUUGGGGUAUAUAAUGAUCACACUAGCGAAUCAUUGAUGUAUUAGGCUACUCAUUUAAUUUGUAUUUAGUAGUCAUGUUUAUUUUUCCAAUCCACUAACCACACAUGAAAGAUGAACUCAUUGUAUCUGAGUCAGUGUUGCAUUAAUUCAGUUUGUGUAUGUGUGAACAAAUCUUAACAAUUAUAAUUGGUCCUCAGAGUUGUUACAUCAUUGAUGUUUUCAUUGAUCAUUAAGAGUAAACAAAGACAGACCAACCCAUGUGACUGCCUGGAGAGAGGCCUACUGUACCAGCACUGCCAUUUUACAAGCCCACAGCAGCAUUGUAAUAAAUUAAAUCUAAUUUCUAAUUAAGGAUUAACCACAUAAGGCCCAAUGUGUUUUUAACAUGCAAUUUUUAUUUCUCUUUGUUAUUUGGGCUUAUUGGAACAUAAUUUGAAUAAAACUUAAGUAUCAUCUUUUAAUAUGAUGUACGUUUAGAGAAAAAUGAUGUCCAUUUAUGUGAACUCUUGGUCUGAAUUUACAUAAAACACUUUUUUCAGACUGUU